AUGUCAGCUACAAAAUCAACUCUACGCACUCGAGCUUUCAAAGCUUCGAGACAAAUCCGCUCCCAAAGACGCAACAUCUCCAGAUCAUCCCAAUGGCAAGCCCCCGUGACCGGCGCAGCAGAUGCCGAGUCACAAUCAGCUCGAGCAUAUUGCACGAAUCUUGUAUCAACCUACGACCGUCCUUCCCACAUCCUCAGCGCAUUCAUCCCCCGCCAAGCCCAAACAUUCUACCUUGCUCUCCGCGCGCUGAACGUAUCACUCUCCAUGAUCCCCGACACCACCUCCAGCCACACGAUAGGGUUAAUGCGCCUACAAUUCUGGCGUGAUACUAUCACGAAGACAUUAUCCGGCUCACCACCCAAAGAACCCGUGGCCAUUCUCCUAGCAAACGCAAUCGAGGACCUCAGCACCCGAACAGAUGGCCGCGCCCGGCUCAGCAAAGGCUGGUUUCUGCGCAUGAUCAACGCGCGCGAACAAACCCUCACAAACACACCCUUCCCAGACCUCGCCGCUCUAGAAUCCUAUGCUGAAAACACAUAUUCGACACUCCUCUAUCUGACUCUAUCGUCCCUGCCCCUGACCUCCGUGACAGUCGACCAUGUAGCAUCCCACAUCGGCAAAGCAGCCGGUAUAUCCGCCGUCCUCCGCGGUUUGCCACUGGUCGCAUUCCCCGGCCCAGCAAAGCAUCACACCAACCAAUCCGCUCUUUUAAGCUCCGGUGGUGCAGCAGAAUCAAAACACGGUGCAAUAACCCUCCCGCUAGAUAUAAUGUCCCAAUCAGGCGUCAUAGAAGAAGAAGUCUUCCGCAAGGGGGCAGAAGCAGCGGGGCUCAAAGAUGCGGUCUUUGCGGUUGCGACGAGAGCGUCUGACCAUUUGAUUACAGCACGGCAGAUGCUUAAGAAUUUGAGGGCGGGUGAGGAUGUGGGUCAUGAGUUUGAGCAUGAGGGUGAUGAGGGUCACGAGUAUACCACUACUACGACGGAGAAAGAGCAGGGCGUAUCGCCGUAUGAGAAACAAUUAGCCGAAGUCGAGAGGGGAUUCGGUGUGUUUAUGCCUGCAGUAUCGACACAGAUGUGGCUCGACAAGUUGCAGUCGUACGAUUUUGAUAUUUUUAAUCCGAAGUUGCUGCGGAGUGAUUGGACGAUGCCGUGGAGGGCCUAUUAUGCGCAUAGUAAGAAGACGUUCUGA